UUAAAUAACAAAGUCCAUACAAAUUUUUCUUUACUUUAGUCUAGUUGGUAAUAGUCGUACGAUAGAAGUAGAAUUUUAAGUUGCUGAUAUUGAUAUGCCGAUUGACGUUUGUAAGGUACCCGAGACAGUCAAAAGGAGAGUAAAGAAACACGAGUGAGAAAUAUUUGUUUUCGGGAGAAUGUCAGAUUCAAUGGUAGAUGAAAGAGUGACGGAUGAAAUCGAAGCUUUAAAAGCAAUUUUAUUGGAUGACGAACUAAGCAUAAAAGAAAAUGACAGAGGAGAGCCAGAAUAUAUUGAAACUAUAUUAUUUCCCUCAACUGGAGAAGAUUCACAAUCUCAAUAUGUCUGUGUUACACUUGUUGUUCAAUUACCUUAUGGUUAUCCGGAUAUAUCUCCCAAUAUUAGCUUAAGAAAUCCAAGAGGAUUAGAUGAAGAUACAGUAAGGUUAAUGCAAUCAGAUGCUGAAGCUAAAUGUAAAGAUUUUAUUGGACAGCCAGUAAUGUUUGAGUUAAUUGAGAUGAUUAGAGAACAUCUUACAAGAAGCAACUUACCUACAGAUCAAUGCGCUGUUUGCUUAUAUGGCUUUCGAGAAGGUGACGAAUUUACAAAAACAGAAUGUUAUCAUUACUUUCAUUCUCAUUGCUUAGCAGCACAUGUUGCUGCAGCUGAACGCUAUUAUAGAGAAGAGCAAGAGAAGCUACCACAAUGGCAACAAGAUACUACUAAUAAAUUUCAGGCCAUUUGUCCUGUUUGCCGGGAAUCUAUACAUUGUGAUGUUGAAAGUUUAUGGUCAGCUCCACCUCCUAUAGAUGUGGAAGCUGCCACAGAUUUUUCAGUUACCGCAGAGUUAAAAGAGCUUCAAAAGCAAAUGGCUGCAUUAUACUUGAGACAACAACAAAGGGGUGGUAUCAUUGAUUUAGAAGCGGAAGGAGUAAAAAUGUUGCUAAGAACCGAAGAUGAUACUGCUGUUUCCACAGAGAGACUCAAUCCACCUAGCACUAGCUUAAACACAUAUGCAAAUCAAUCUACGCAAUCAGUCACUCAAGUGCAAUCUUCAAAUAAUACUCAAAACCAACCACGACAAUUUCAUCACAAUCAUCAUGGGCAUAAUAAUCAUGGACAUAAUAAUCAUGGACACCGUAACAGAGGUAGAGGCCGUGCCCAUUAUCGACGCCAAUUUGAUAAAAUGAGGCAUACUGAAACUACUCCCAGAUGACAAUGGGCUCGAGAUAAAAUAUUAACUGCCUGGUCAUUUACUUUGCUAAGCGUAUAUAAUACAGUUAGCAUAAUCAUAUUCAUAAAUGUAAUAUACCGUAAUUAUCUAACUUUAAAUUAUCUUCGUGUGAUAAAGUUAUAGGUGUUAUUGUUCAGCAGUAUUCCCAUUGCACUGGUGUAUAAGAUGGGAUGUGUUGAAAGUUCUAAGGACUGUCUACAUAGACUGAAGCCAUGGUGCUCUUUAAACUGCAAGUGUACAGAUUUUUUAAUUCAGUUUCCAUAUUUUUACAUUCCUGCAAUUAUAACAACUAUGAAAAGAUUCUUAAUUAAGAGAACUGUGUUAAAGAUAUUUUUACGGUGCUUUAUAAUUAGAAAUUAUCUUAAAAGUAGCAGAUAUAUUAGUACCCUGCAUAUAUCUUAAAGUAGCAUUUCAAAGUGGUUCUUAAUUUAUAAUGUAAUAUGUUGAGCUAUACUCAUUUAAUUAGAGUGACUGUAAUAUCUUUUGUAAGAAGAAGAGAACAUAUUCAUAUUUGGAAUUUGCUAAUAUAAAAAUACAAAUGUAAAAUAUAUUACUUUCGUUCAUAAAUCAAUUAAAAUUAUCUAAGUUAUGUUAUAUCAAAAUCAACGUAUUCGUCUAAGCUCCUGUAAACAUUGUAACUUUGUAUUUAUAUUAUUCUUGUUUUAUGCAGGAUAAAGGCAUUGUCUAUUGUAGAUACUCCUUUAACAUAUAUAAAUUGAGAAAAAGUUGUUAAUAGUUUUAAUCUCUUCCACAUGAAUGUGAUACUUACAAAAGGGUAAUAGUAGGCUAAAAAAGGAACUUCAUAUUAACAUUGAUUAAUUUUCAAUUAGAAAAGACAUUAUGAUAUACUUCAGUCUUCUAUCAGAAAUAUUAUCCUCUUUAAUGAAAUAAUUAAUUACAUUACAAUGAUUGUUGUAUUUUUUAUGUUAGUUUAAAUAUUAAAUUUCAAAAAUACUGAUAAUGGUCAUUUUGAAUUGACUGUCGAAAACAAAAGUGUCGAAAACAAAAGAAUAUAGAGAAUAGAAUUUUUUUAAAUUGAUUAUAGGUAUAAAAAAUGUUUUAUUUAUAGAAAGAAGAACUUUAUCAAUAUCUUUUUAUUUAAUAUUUUGUCUAGCCUAUGUGCCCGUUGAGUCUAUUUAAUAUUAAUAUGUGAGUGAUAGACAUGAUACCUGAUCUAAUUGCAUCACUUUUAAAAUAUUUGUUUUAAUUUUAACUAAAAAAAAAAAGAAAAAAAAAAGAAAAAAAAGAAAAAGAAAAAAGAAAAAAAUUUUAGCUUUUAUCUAAUAACAUAGUAACCAUUCUAUAUAUUUCACAAUUCUCUUUAUAAUUUCAUUAUUUCGCUUUGCAAUGUUGUGUUCAAUAUCUCAGUGUUCAAAAGCUUAAACACAGUAAUCAUGUUAACGCGUUCUUGUGUACUGGGCAGUAUAAUAUUAAAGUAUUUAAUACUUGGAAAUAUAUAUAUUAUUCUAUAAAAAUUUUUUGGUAGAUAGUCAAAGUAAAAUGUUGUUAGUACGACAAUGUUUCUCAAAUCCUGGAUUUGUGGCUUAUGUAGCCAUUGUUCCUACAUGUAAUAUAAUGAUACAGUAUAAUUAUAUUUGUCAACUAUUUCAAUUUGUAAACACCAAAGACUGCCGAGUUUAGAGGAAAAAAAAAAAAAAAAAAGAAAAAUCAAUUAAUUUGAUAUACAGGGUGUUGCAGAUAAAA